AUGUACACCGCCAGCGCCCACGAAAACCAUACCCCGCCCACGAAAACAUCCCACCACCCACCGAAAAACACGAGCACCCACCGAAAAACACGCGCCGCCCACCGAAAAACACGCACCGCCCACACGACAUACGACGGCACCACGCCGCCUACCAAAACCACCACGUCCACACCAACGCCACCCACGACGACGCCCCCAACGGCAACCAGCGCCCACGACGACGGCGACGACAACGUCACGAAUAACGCAACAACGCGGACACACGACGAAAACGCGAACACGCGACGAGGAGGCGACAACGAAAUGCGACACAACGAUGGGAUGCCAACGCGGGACGACGAUGGCCGAGGUCCCAGCCACACUCCCUCUCCCCUCCACCAUUCCCUCCCUCCCUGCCUCCUUCCCCCUUUCCUUGUCCCUCCCCCUUGCUCCACCAUUCCUUCCCCCCUUUCCGCCCUCCCCCCUUUCCUCCCUCCCCCUUCCUUGUCCCUCCCCCUUCCUUCCUUCCCUCUUUCUUGUCCUUCCCCCCUUCCUCCCUCCCUUCCCUUGUUCUUCCCCCUUCCUUGUCCCUCCCAAUAA